AUGGCCGCACAACAGCCGUAUCGCUUUUCAACACCUGGUCUCGUUAAGGGAGGAGGUCCGGUGCCGCUGAUUGGCCGUGAACAGUCGCCGACAACGAGGCGAGGCCCCAAUAAUGACACGGUGCGCCAGAGCGCCGGGUCGUCGGACCGGGGGUGCAAGGCUCCCCCACCACCCGUGACGUCACGCGACUCCGCUAGGGGUCACCAGCUGGCGCGCGAUCCGAGUUCAGUCGCGUCUCGGCCUCCGCAGGCGUGGUUGCUGUGUUGUGUUUACUCGGACGAGUCCCAGCGCUUCCGCGACGCCGCGUCUUCUCCGAGAGUGUUCGUGUUGCCAUCCUCAUCCUCCUCCUCUUCAUCAUCCUCAUCAUCAUCCUCGUCGUCCCCCUCGUCGUCAUCGUCGUCCCCCUCGUCGUCAUCGUCGUCCCCCUCGUCGUCAUCGUCGUCCCCCUCGUCGUCAUCGUCGUCCCCCUCGUCGUCAUCGUCGUCCCCCUCGUCGUCAUCGUCGUCCCCCUCGUCGUCAUCGUCGUCCCCCUCGUCGUCAUCGUCGUCCCCCUCGUCGUCGUCGUCGUCCCCCUCGUCGUCGUCGUCGUCCCCCUCGUCGUCGUCGUCGUCCCCCUCGUCGUCAUCGUCGUCCCCCUCGUCGUCGUCGUCGUCCCCCUCGUCGUCAUCGUCGUCCCCCUCGUCGUCGUCGUCGUCCCCCUCGUCGUCGUCGUCGUCCCCCUCGUCGUCGUCGUCGUCCCCCUCGUCGUCGUCGUCGUCCCCCUCGUCGUCGUCGUCGUCCCCCUCGUCGUCGUCGUCGUCGUCCCCCUCGUCGUCGUCGUCGUCCCCCUCGUCGUCGUCGUCGUCGUCCCCCUCGUCGUCGUCGUCGUCCCCCUCGUCGUCGUCGUCGUCCCCCUCGUCGUCGUCGUCGUCCCCCUCGUCGUCGUCGUCGUCCCCCUCGUCGUCGUCGUCGUCCCCCUCGUCGUCGUCGUCGUCCCCCUCGUCGUCGUCGUCGUCGUCCCCCUCGUCGUCGUCGUCGUCGUCCCCCUCGUCGUCGUCGUCGUCGUCCCCCUCGUCGUCGUCGUCGUCGUCGUCCCCCUCGUCGUCCCCCUCGUCGUCGUCGUCGUCCCCCUCGUCGUCGUCGUCGUCGUCGUCCCCCUCGUCGUCCCCCUCGUCGUCGUCGUCGUCCCCCUCGUCGUCGUCGUCGUCGUCGUCGUCCCCCUCGUCGUCGUCGUCGUCGUCCCCCUCGUCGUCGUCCCCCUCGUCGUCGUCGUCGUCGUCCCCCUCGUCGUCGUCGUCGUCGUCGUCCCCCUCGUCGUCGUCGUCGUCGUCGUCCCCCUCGUCGUCGUCGUCGUCGUCCCCCUCGUCGUCGUCGUCGUCGUCCCCCUCGUCGUCGUCGUCGUCGUCCCCCUCGUCGUCGUCGUCGUCGUCCCCCUCGUCGUCGUCGUCGUCGUCCCCCUCGUCGUCGUCGUCGUCGUCACCCUCCCCCUCGUCGUCGUCGUCGUCGUCACCCUCCCCCUCGUCGUCGUCGUCGUCGUCACCCUCCCCCUCGUCGUCGUCGUCGUCGUCCCCCUCCCCCUCGUCGUCGUCGUCGUCCCCCUCCCCCUCGUCGUCGUCGUCGUCCCCACCCUCCCCCUCGUCGUCGUCGUCGUCGUCCCCCUCCCCCUCGUCGUCGUCGUCGUCCCCCUCCCCCUCGUCGUCGUCGUCGUCGUCCCCCUCCCCCUCGUCGUCGUCGUCGUCCCCCUCCCCCUCGUCGUCGUCGUCGUCGUCGUCCCCCUCCCCCUCCCCCUCGUCGUCGUCGUCGUCGUCGUCCCCCUCCCCCUCCCCCUCGUCGUCGUCGUCGUCGUCGUCCCCCUCCCCCUCCCCCUCGUCGUCGUCGUCGUCGUCGUCCCCCUCCCCCUCCCCCUCGUCGUCGUCGUCGUCGUCGUCCCCCUCCCCCUCGUCGUCGUCGUCGUCGUCGUCCCCCUCCCCCUCCCCCUCGUCGUCGUCGUCGUCGUCGUCCCCCUCCCCCUCGUCGUCGUCGUCGUCGUCGUCCCCCUCCCCCUCGUCGUCGUCGUCGUCGUCGUCGUCCCCCUCCCCCUCGUCGUCAUCGUCGUCGUCGUCGUCCCCCUCCCCCUCGUCGUCGUCGUCGUCGUCGUCCCCCUCCCCCUCGUCGUCGUCGUCGUCGUCGUCCCCCUCCCCCUCGUCGUCGUCGUCGUCGUCCCCCUCCCCCUCCCCGUCGUCGUCGUCGUCGUCCCCCUCCCCCUCCCCGUCGUCGUCGUCGUCGUCGUCCCCCUCCCCCUCCCCGUCGUCGUCGUCGUCGUCGUCCCCCUCCCCCUCCCCGUCGUCGUCGUCGUCGUCGUCCCCCUCCCCCUCCCCGUCGUCGUCGUCGUCGUCGUCCCCCUCCCCCUCCCCGUCGUCGUCGUCGUCGUCGUCCCCCCCCUCCCCCUCCCCGUCGUCGUCGUCGUCGUCGUCCCCCUCCCCCUCCCCGUCGUCGUCGUCGUCGUCGUCCCCCUCCCCCUCCCCGUCGUCGUCGUCGUCGUCGUCCCCCUCCCCCUCGUCGUCGUCGUCGUCGUCCCCCUCCCCCUCGUCGUCGUCGUCGUCGUCCCCCUCCCCCUCGUCGUCGUCGUCGUCUACACAGCUUAUAUUCAUUAUGGGAGCAGAUGCCGAAUUUGGCAUGCAAGUACACUCUUACGGACAAUGUGUAAAACAGCAACAAGACACCAUUGUCAGGGGCGCGCGCCGCGCCGAGUGGCGCCUCGCCAGAGACCAGUCCCCAGUUUGUUUCGGCUGCCGCUCUGCCAGCAGCGGGCCCCGGCUCGUUAUCCCCGCCUACCCCAGUGUUUGGUUCGGCCGCGCCGUGUGUGGCCGCUGUUUACCGGCCGCGGGGAUGAAAGGGCUGGCAGGGUCCCGAACGCCGUCUCCCGCCCCACGUCCGCAGCGCAGCCGGAAGGGAUAA